GCGGGCAGAGCAGAGCUGUCAGUGGAGCAGCACAGGCAGGGAAAACCCUCAGACAGUAAGUACAGUGUCUCCGGUGAAGACCGCCGCUCCGCUCUCUGCUGGCUCUACUGUGAGGGCUGCGCCUCUACACGGACUGAAAACACUCCAACACAGCGACACUGAGCUGUAGCAUUGAUUUGUUUCUAGGGGGGACAUGGCUGAUGUAAGUUCAAACGAGUCGUCCGGCGGGGACGUGGCGAAUAGGUUUGCUCGCAAAGGUGCUUUGAGGCAAAAAAACGUCCACGAGGUCAAGAACCAUAAAUUCAUAGCCAGGUUCUUCAAGCAGCCGACUUUCUGCAGCCACUGCACCGACUUCAUCUGGGGGUUUGGAAAACAAGGAUUCCAGUGCCAAGUUUGCUGUUUUGUGGUCCACAAGAGGUGCCAUGAAUUAGUCACAUUCUGCUGCCCAGGGGCAGAUAAGGGGCCCGACACAGAUGAUCCCAGAACGAAGCACAAGUUCAAGAUCCACACCUAUGGGAGCCCCACCUUCUGCGACCACUGUGGCUCUCUGCUGUAUGGCCUCAUCCACCAGGGCAUGAAGUGCGACUCCUGCGAUAUGAACGUCCACAAGCAGUGUGUUAUGAACGUGCCCAGCCUGUGUGGAACCGAUCACACUGAAAGGAGGGGGCGUGUUUACCUCAAGUGUGAGGUCACUGUGGAUAAGCUGCAGGUCACAGUGGGUGAAGGCAAAAAUCUGAUCCCCAUGGACCCCAAUGGCCUGUCUGAUCCGUAUGUCAAGCUCAAGCUCAUACCAGACCCCAAAAAUGAGACCAAGCAGAAGACCAAAACCAUCCGCUCCAACCUCAACCCCAAAUGGAACGAGACCUUCAAUUUCAAGCUGAAGCCUUCGGAUAAGGACCGCAGGCUGUCAGUGGAGGUGUGGGACUGGGACCGGACCACUAGGAAUGACUUCAUGGGGGCCCUGUCCUUUGGCGUAUCAGAGCUCAUGAAGGCUCCAGUCUGUGGCUGGUAUAAGUUAUUGUGCCAGGAGGAGGGGGAGUACUACAAUGUUCCCAUCUCAGAGGAGGAUGACGGGAAUGAGGAACUGAGGCAGAAAUUUGAGGACCAAGCAGUUGUGGAAGACUCUGACCAGAAAGCCAAGCUAGGCCCAGGUAAGAAGGUGAUCACCGAGACAGACGACAGCCACUCCAGCCAGCAGAUUCAAAACAGCCUGGACCAGGUCAAACUCAGCGACUUCAGCUUCCUGGCUGUGCUGGGGAAAGGGAGCUUUGGCAAGGUCAUGUUGGCAGAGAUGAAGGGUACUGAAGAGCUGUACGCAAUAAAGAUCCUGAAGAAGGACGUGGUGAUUCAGGACGAUGAUGUGGAAUGUACCAUGGUGGAGAAGAGAGUCCUGGCCCAACAGGACAAGCCGCCCUUCCUCACAUACCUCCAUUCGUGCUUCCAGACUGUGGACCGUCUGUACUUUGUCAUGGAGUAUGUGAACGGGGGAGACCUCAUGUAUCAUAUUCAACAAGUGGGCAAGUUCAAGGAACCUCAGGCAGUGUUCUAUGCAGCAGAGAUCGCUGUUGGUCUCUUCUUCCUGCACCUUAAAGGAGUCAUCUACAGGGAUCUGAAGUUGGACAACGUGAUGCUGGACUGUGAGGGACACAUUAAGAUUGCUGACUUCGGCAUGUGUAAAGAGAACAUGAUAGAAGGAGUGACCACGCGCACCUUCUGCGGCACCCCAGACUACAUAGCCCCGGAGAUCAUUGCAUAUCAACCAUAUGGACGUUCUGUAGACUGGUGGGCAUAUGGAGUUCUGCUCUACGAAAUGCUGGCAGGACAGCCUCCAUUUGAUGGCGAGGAUGAAGAUGAAUUGUUCCAGUCUAUUAUGGAGCACAACGUGUCCUACCCCAAGUCCAUGUCCAAAGAAGCUGUCUCCAUCUGCAAAGGGCUGAUGACCAAGCAUCCAUCCAAGCGUCUGGGCUGCGGCACUGAGGGAGAGAGGGACAUCAGAGAACACGCCUUCUUCAGACGUAUUGAUUGGGAACGCCUCCAGAACAGGGAGAUACAGCCGCCCUUCAAGCCCAAAGUGGGCUCCAGUUCCUCUAAUAAGUGUGGCAAAGGAGCAGAGAACUUUGACAAGUUCUUUACACGCACCCAGCCCCAGCUCACACCGCCAGAUGAGCUGGUUAUCGCCAACAUCGACCAGGCCGAGUUUGCAGGGUUCUCUUUCAUCAACCCACAGUUUAUACACCCGUCGCUUAUAAACAGCGUAUGAGAAGGAUGGGGAAGCGUCCCAGAAGAACCUCCCUGUUCACUGCCACCCACGUAAAGCAACCGUCAACCUAACAUCUGACCACAACUUGAUCAAGGCCCACUGUAAACCUUUAUGUAUUGGAUUUAUUCGCAAGCAGCAUUGUAGGGCAUGCAUAAUUGUUCUGUACAAUAUAUUUGCCAGUAUACAUUAUAUAGAUUAGAUCCUCAGCCAUCAAAAGAAAUGAUUUCCUUUAGUUUAAUGAUGAGCAUGUACUGUAGACAAGGAUGCCCUUCCUUAUCGCGGCAAUUAGUAUUGAAGGUUUUCCAUAAUUGGAGGCACCGAGACAGAAGGGUGUCAGGCUUUAGUUAUCUAUGCCACUAUAUGAUGACAUUUAGAGAAUAAUGGCUGUAUAUAAUAUAAGCAAGAGAAUAUUAAAGACGUAUGAUCCUGGAAAAGAUAAACAUUAUGGUCUACAUAUCUAGUUGAUGGGUCACAGUUUGUUUCCAGUAUACCGUAGAUAUAAUGUGAUGACCUCAGAACCACUCACAUAAGGCAGCGUAGACUACAGCCAAAUAUGAAGGACAGGCAGUGCAGGCGCUGAAACAGCACCUUGUAAUUCAAUGUUUCCUGUAUCAUGUUUACAGUUUGUUUCCCCUGUUGAUUUCACGGUGAAGGUAUACAAUUCUCUUUAAGUCAAAUAUGAUUCUAGCCAGUCUCAACUUCCAGUGUGCGUAGCAAAUCAACUCAAGAUUGAACAGUUGUGUAAUUAUAGAAAAUAUGCAGCCUGUAAAAAUGCAAAUAUGUGAGACACAUAGGUAUGAAAGUGCAUCAGGUUUGAUUCCAAUCUAUCAAAACUUAGCUUGUUAGCUUAACAGUUAUUACCCUAUUUUACCUACUUUCAGGGCUGGGCAAUAUGGAGAAAAUCACUUGUCAUGAUAUUUUUGACCAAAUACUUUGAUAACGAUAUUACGACAAUGUUGUAAGGUUGCCUGACACCAGACAGAAUUGUCAGCUGAUUAAACUCUGUUUCCAUCUUCAGUCUGACAUUUAACUGAUUUCUGUGGGGGAGGGAGAUACGAUUUUCCCUCACCAAUCACUCGAGGCAAUAUAUCAAUCUGAGUAUUACAUCAUUUUAAGUCCACACUGAUGUGUAGCCAUGCCAACAUACCUGUUUUGCCAGGGUUUUGAGAGCAAAGUAAAGGAAAGAAAACUACAAUAUCAGGUGAUAUUGAGAAGACAGCCAAUUUAGAGUAGCGUCAAUAGCAGUGUCUAUCUUGUCUGUAGCCUUCGUAGUUCUGGAGCACCACUUGACAAUGCUUAACAGCAGCUUGACAGCGAGUUAGCCCCACCUAUGGUGCUAAUUGGCUAAUCGAGUCCUCCCACUGCACACAUUGAUUGUUUUUUAUAUUAACCGAGAAACUGAUGUCUCAUGUCACGAUACCAGACGAAUCAGUCAAUUUAAACUCGGUAAAGUGGGCUGCUUCAAAGAUGUGGACCUGGACAGAUUUCCCAAAAUAUUUACACAAUGAGAUUUUUGAUGAAUAUCAUAAGUAAUGUGGGUAUAAUGGCUAAGUGAAUAAAAGCAAACAGCUAGAAUGGUCUGGUCAGUUCAGAAGAUGGCAUCACUUUACUGUAAUGCAGCCUUUAAAACCAGGAAAAGACAACACUUACGAUACGGUAUCCAAAAUCUGAUGAUAUCUAGUCUCAUAUCAUGACAUUGAUAUAAUAUCAAUAUAUUGCCCAGCCCUAACAGUUAUAAUUCACACACCAAUUUUCUGGCCCUUACUGAAGCUGCAGAUUGUAUACUUCUCUUGUCAAUAAUUUUGUGGACACUAUGUGGACACACAGUUAUCAGUUUAGUAUGUGGGCAGUGGUAGGACAUUCUUAUAUCUUCCUUCAGUUAAAAAUGAAACUUAAAAAAAAAUCAAACGUUUACAGUUUGUCAUGUUUUAACAUUAGUCAGUGUGAACCACUGUCUCUGUCCCAUGAUACACCCAGAACUACAAAUCCUCCCAUUAGUCAUAAAUGUCUCAACAAAAACACACAUAUACAUUUUGAUAAACUGUUUUUUUUUUUGGAAUAUAACAUGAUGUCAUUGUGUAUUAACCAUCCAAUGUUAUACUGCAUACAAUAUCAUGCCCUUAGUUUUCUUAGAUGGAGAAGUUGCAAACCAGUAGAAGCAAUUCUUCUGCCAAUGCUUUGUUGUCCUAAAAACUAAUACAUCCCUCAUUAGGAGUCUGUCAACACAGUAAUUCUGAGUUAAAUCACUUAUUUUCUCACCCCUUUUAAUUUCUUUAAUGUCUUUAAAAAUAGAUUAGUUUUUAAUCUCCUCUUCUUUUGUGAUCUCAUACAUAUUUUUUCAUUAGAUCAGAUUGAUAUUUUAAUGCAUCUACUAUCAGUGCAUAACUCCUUUGUAAAUAAUCAUGAGUUAUUUAAAAAGAGUAUAGCAAGUUACAGUUUUUAUACCAACACCUGAAUGUGCUUUUAUUACAUUAAUUAUAUAAAACCAAUAUUUGUAUGUGUAAAAAAGAAAAAAAAAAUUAAACAAUGACGAAAGUAACCCAGUGCAGAUCAACUUUGUAACAGCUGGAUGUCUUUAAGAGUCCAGAGUGAGCAAGUUGUGAAAUAUAUCUGUUCUACUUGUUUUGGCAGAUUUAUCAAAGCUUUUAUUUUCUUUAUUCAUAUUCAAUGACUGCAAAUUGUGUGUUGAUUGGAUGCGUGUCUGGCUGUUGACUGUCCCGCUGUAUCUGCAUGCUGUUGGUAGGCAUCAUUCAUGCACGUGAUCCGCUAAAGGCUGCAUGCUAGUAAUUAUAAACGAGUUACAGUACGACCUCAGAGUGAUACUCCACUCAAAAUCAAACUUUAGUGGUAAAAGUCACCCCUUGUGGUCUUGGAAGUUUGUACCGGUUUUGUCCUUCUUGAAGAAUAAUGCCCAUGGUUAGCUUAGAUUCAUGGUUGACUUUAAAUGGAUUAAAAUAAUGACAGAUUUUUACUGAAAGUUUUCAAAAAAAAAAAAAAAAAAAAAAAAGGUGUCAAAACAUUAAAGUUUGAUUUCAAAUGUAUUUUUUUUUUUUAUAUGAAAAUAUCCAUCUCAGUCUUCACCUAGACAAACAAACCCACCUUCAGCUUGCAGGCCUGGACAAACCUAUAUGGGAGGUUAAUGACACCAAAAACACAGAUUUAAGGUGGACUAUAACUGUAACCAUAGCGCUAUACCGGCUAAAUUUAACAUGGCUAGUACACACCACAGUCCGGUACCUUAAAGGAUAACGUUGGCAUUUUUCAACCUGGAACCUAUUUUUCCAUGCUUUUGUUUCUAAGUGGCUGAUGCAAACAAGGACUUUUGAAUUUGGUCCUGCAUUAAGAGAGUACCAUGCCCACAGUGUAACCAGGUGGGACAAUUAUCGUCCAGUAAAGUGUUUAUUUUUGCCACAGACAGGCUCAGAUUGUUUUUGUAAAUGUCUGAAGUGUCUCUUUACCUUUGUCUUGAUCUGGUCUGUUUGUUAUUGUGUCUUAAGUCUUGCUCAAGAAGCAGUCUCGCUCUGAAAUCUUACAAGACAUGAGUUGUUGCAGGAAGACAAGAGUACAAGUACAGAAAAGGUAGCUCAGUGUUUUAUUCAAAAGAUUUUCGAUGUUGCGUUUCUAAUGUUUUCUUCCUGCAACAAGUCACAUCUCAUGAGAUUUCAGAACAAUACUUUUCCUUGAGUAAGACUUAAACACAUUCACAAACAGACCAGAUCAAGCCAAAGGCUAAGAGACACUUCAGACACUUACAAUGACAAUCUGAGUCUGUCUGUGGCAAAAAUAACCUCUUUUAAAGGAUGUACAAUAAUGGUGCACAAUUGCCCCAUCUGGUAACAUUGUGUGCAUUGCACGGCUGCUGACUGCAGCCCUCUUUAUUAAUACUGGACCAAUUUAAAAAAUUAAUAUUCACAUCAAUCACUUCAGCACAAAAACAUGGGAAAACAGGUCCCAGGUUGAAAAAUGCUGAUGUCACCCUUUAAGAGUGCUGAUCUUAGACCAGCUAGACUCUUUGAGAGGUGAUUGCAGGAUUUUGUAACUAUACUGCAUACCAAUCACAAGUAAAGUUUCAAUGACACAGUCCUGCUACAGUAAUGAAACACCUUGCUCAGGCAGAUUUGUAAACUAUUUGUGAAAGUAAGAGCGAGGAACAAGUGAUUUUUGCCAAAAGAAUGCAGAUCACAGGGGCUAAAGAACAUAGAGUAGACGUUUAGUUUAUUAAUCUAAAUAGAUACUAAAACAAUUUUUAAAAGACUUUCCUGAGACAUAGUCCCUGGUUUUAGAUCAGUGCUCUUUCCUGUAGAAGCUUGAUAUAUAUAUAUAUAUAUGGCCCCUGGUUCCUUUUGCCUUUACCCUUUUAGGGCGAUGUGGAACACUGAAUCCAGAUCUGUGGUCAGUUGUGACUGAGACGCACUGCUAGUUGCUAGACCAGUGGGACCACUCGCUCUUUAGUGUCUCAUGAAUGGGGUUUAUGUUGUAAUCUUAAUGUUGUGUUUUUGUCACUUUGUAAAACUUUUGUUUCUUAUGCUUUUGCUGUUGUAAGUUGCUGUCAGUGUUGUCAGUUCUGUUUCUCUAGCUUCUGCUCAGAAAUUCAGGAAUGUUUCAAAGGAUAUAUCACAUUAGAAAACACAUAUCUGACUGAUAUAGGAACUGUUGAAGCGUUUGUACGGUUUUCUCCAUGUUUUUCUAAGAAAUGUGCUCUCUCCUGCCGUGUUUCCUAUAGUAUAUAACCUUUUGCAUGUGCCAAACCUGGAAAAUGCCAGAACCCGACAAUAGCAGCGUUGCACUAGCUGUAGUCACAUGGAUGACUUCUUCUUUGUGGCAGCUUCUCCCAGCGUGGGUCGAGACCUGCCUGAAGCCACACCUGCUGUACACUCUGUUGGCCACAAACCAUAUAGCAUGCUGCCAUGAGUAUACCAGUGCACAUUGUGUCAGUACGCUUUACGAUGCCAGUCAGUUUGAUAAACGACUCAUCAUAUACGGCACUAGAUUUUCCUGCCUGUGUAGCCUUGGGCAGAGUUGUGUCCGGGAAAAAAAUAACAUUUCAACUUGUGGAGCAUUUUGAUUUAACACCUACAGUGAAUUCCACAGAAGUGAGAGAAAAUAUUCCUUGUACAUACUUAGAGUUUACUCAGCAACACUCUUGCCCUCGUCCGAGCCUCACUUGCACCUCUGUAUGUGCUGACUUAAUAGAUCCAUCCCUUUAAUAGAAUCUCUGAUUACUUGCUUCCCAAACUUCUUUCUUCUUAAUAAUGUUUUCAAAACGUCACAGUCAGUGUGGGCAUGAAAAAAAGAUUACUUACUCUCCCCUUGUGUGCCUUUCCCAACUUGAACAGAUAUACUGUACAUCGUGUUCUUAAUCUCCAUAAUCCAGCUCUGAUCUAAACUUUCUACUCCGUGUUUACUUCAUACCUUUACACCACUUUCUGUGUCUUUAAAUCCAUUGUCAAAGUCAAUUCAUUCUGUUUAUACUUCAUUUUUCAGUGUUUCAGCACAUCUUACAAAUGAAUGAAUGUGAAUAAAUGUUAAAAUAAAAACGUUCUGCACGCUUUGUUCACACAAAUGCUCCAUCAUCUGGUCAGUACAUCACAAACUAAGAACUUUUUUUUGUCUGACGCCAGUAACCUUUACAGUCACAACUUGACUUAUCCUCCCGUGUCUGCUUGCUUCACCUUUACCUCCCUGUGCCUAUUAAUGACUGAAUGAUGUAGUGAGUUAAUUAAUAUCUGUAUCGACAAUAUCAAUUGAUGAUCUUCGGGGAGUGAAGGAACAAUGGAUGGGUGAUUGAUGGGGUUUAUAGUUAAAUGAACGAAAAGAUAGAUGAUGAUGAUGGCUUGUUUGAAGGACGACCCCUGUGCCUCGUCACAUCGAACCGCCCCUCCCUCGUCGUCUCUUGUACGCCCCUCUUUCACUCCACCUGUUCCUCCUUCCUCAGUGCCUGGGCCAAGUCAAUCCAUCAUCUUAUCGACAGCACGCUCGUCCUUUUCACCCUUUAAAUCCCGUCAGGUCAGGAAAGCGGUUGAUUUUUCUCGUGCGAUUUACACAGUUGGCAUCAAUUCCACCUUUUCCUUUUCUCUACUGAGUCCCCCCAGUGCCCCAUGGGAAAAGAGUUUUACUUUGUUUACAUUCUGUUUGAUGUCCUUACCUUUUUGUUUUUAACUGAUCAGGAUGUCCAGAAGAUGAUGAAGUAACUGUCUGAUUAUGUUUUAUUUUAAAUGGAAGGUUUUAAGAAAGAGGGUUUUUUUUGAUUGGCAUUUCGUACAGUACUCCUUUCAGGUUUGCUUUAGAUAAAUCUUGUGUAACGUCUAUCCUUCGUAGUCAGUCAUCACUCUCCGCUGUGUCCUGUCCACUGUGUAAUGAGAGAGUUGAGGUGAGCUGCCAUCUUUUUGGCCGUACCAGAGCACAGGAUCAACAAUGUGCAGAAUAGCCUUAUCCCGUAACCCAUACAGUAACAUGGUCUCUAACUCGCCUCUCUUUGUUCAUUUAUUCUCUCAGCACCCCUGUCCUUGUACAUAAAUGACUUACAGUAGAUAUCUACAUAGACUGUAAAAGAAAGAAUAUAUUGUAUUUUGCAAAAUGGUGUAUGUUUGUUUUCUUCCCCUGUCAGCCUGAAACCUUUAAAAUGAGUCUGAGCUACUUACCUUGUAAUUGAUUGUGUCAUUUGUACCUAAUGUAUGAUAAUGCAAAUAAAAAAAAGGAAAAUGAGAUCCAA